UCAACAUUUUAUUUUGAAACCUAGCUUGUGAGCGGUCAUCGAACAUAAACACCCUACAACACUUCUCGUUUCAUGGUUUAUUUUUUAAAUCUUUUUAACUUUACAGAGACUAAAGUCCAAUUCUAGUUUGUGCAGCAGUUUGCAAAAGUCGCUGCACUCAUGACUAAGCACGAGUUCGAAGUGGCCAUGACGUGUGAGGGAUGCUCCGGAGCUGUGACCAGAAUCCUCAACAAGCUGGGAGACGUGAAGUUUGAGAUCGACCUGCCGAAGAAGCUGGUGUGGAUCGAGUCGGACAGAGACGUGGACUCGCUCAUGGAGACGCUGAAGAAAUGUGGGAAGGAGGUCAAGUAUAACGGCCCUAAAUGAAGGAGGAGCUGCGAGGAAGUUCUGGACUGGAACAUCCCUUCCCUCCAUCUCCACGACUCAGAAACCUCCUCAGUGCCAAAGGAGGAGGACGCCAUGUUAGCUCAUAACCUUGAUCAGAGGCUCCGCCCGUCUUCUUUGGUGGUUUUUGACCUUCAGAUGUUCUCCUAACUUUCUGCUCUGAUCUGGAUGAUUUCCACGCUGGAGGAGGUGAAGGUUUCCCCACAUGCAAACAUAAAACUCUCUGGCAGAACCUCCUGAUCCUUUGGGUUCCUGAACGUCUCAAACAUGUCUGCCUCCUCCUGGAGACGCCGCUGCUCCUCAGAGCUUCAUCUGCUCUGUUUCCAUUUCCUGAAGUUCUUCUGUGGAUCAAUCAUGGGUCUUGAUUUAAAGUUACUGCAAAGGAAAUAAACAGUUCUUCACCCAGCAGA